AUGAAAUUUUAUCUGAAUCAAUUUACUAAAAACUCUUCUUUAUGCCAUUGUAAAUUAUCUUCAAAUUCAAAUAAAGAUGACUCAGUUGAUAUGAAUUUAUAUAAUGAUGAAAAUAUUCAAAAAUAUAUUGAAAAGUAUCUUCAAAUUAAUAUUCAUCAAAAUGAAGAUAUAUUAUUUCUUGAUAAUAUUAAUGAAGAAGAUUUUUUAAUGGAUAUUUCUAAUAAAUCAAUGACAUUUCCACAAAUUGAUAAUGAAACAGAUUUUAAUGAAUUAUUUUUAUUAGAAGAUUUUCCCAACGAUAUUUUUAUGAAUACUAAUCAAUGUCAAUCUUCAAAUUAUGAAGAAAUAUUAAAUAUGAUUGACACACCAUCAUCAUCUAAUCAUCAAUCAAUAAAUGAACAAAUCUAUUUAAAAAAUAAUAGAUUAUCCAUACGUUUAUUCAACUUAAGUAUUCUUUUAUAUUGA